AUGGUAACUGCUCUAGGAUUUGCUGAUGUGAUCUGGUGUAUAUUUGUGUACUCUAUAUUUUAUGCUGCUUUACCAGAUGUAGAGGGAUCAGAGCCAGGGGAUAUAAAGAAGAACAAACCCUACCGUUGCAUCGUGGAUGGGACUGUGACGGAGCCACAUUCGGUGGUUUUAAAUUUGAAGGUAGAUCUGGAAAAUAUGAAGAUGACUUGGGACUUUAAUGCCACAAUUAUUCAAUGUUCUGUUGACACUCCUCCCGAUAAUUGUAACUAUGGUGACCAUGAUAUAAAAGGAACAAUGUGCUCUUUUGACAAUGUGCAGCUUCAUCAGGGGGCAACAUUCAUAGCCAAAAUAAAGUAUCUGAAUCAGACUCUUUCAAAUACCACCUAUUUUCCCCCUGAAGAGGAUGGAACAUCAGCUGAAAAUUUCUCCUGUGUACUUUACAAUGUUUCUUCUGUGAACUGCGCUUGGAACACUGGCAAAAAUGCUCCAGAAGAUGUCCAGUAUUUUCUUUACGUGAAGAACAGUAAAGACCACAAGGAACCAAAGAGAGAGUGUCCACAUUACAUAAAUAAUGCCCUAGGAAGACAUAUUGCAUGCCACAUUCCAGAAGUGAGUUUGGAACCUGAUAAUGACAUUUACUACAUCUAUGUGAAUGGAUCAAGCAAAAAAUCACAGAUUCAGUAUUAUGAUGCACUUCUCGAGCCAUGCAGCCAUGAAAGACUAGGCCCUCCACGAAAUAUCACUACAAAUUGCUCUCAGCUACCAUCGAUGUGUAGAAUACAAUGGGUACCUCCUCUUAACAAUGAUAAUUGCUGCUGCCCUGAGUACGAAAUAAAGGAUGGAACCAAUAAUACCAUUGAAAAUACAAUUGACCAUUACAAAGACAUUUAUGUGGAGGAAAGACGUAUCGUGAGGAUCCGUAUGUUUAAAGGAAAUAUUUAUGGUGAAUGGAGUGAACCAAUUACAUUACACAUCCCAUCCCAACCAAUUCCAUCACCAACAAUUCCUUUAAUAUUUUUAGCAGUUGGUACAAUCUUAAUGAUCUUGAUCCUGUUUUUUUUCUGUAAAAGACACCGUAUAUGGCAUAAAAUAACUGCUCCAGUUCCACAACCAAAAAACCUUUUCGAGCAAUAUACCAAGAAUACAGAGAAAGAACUGAUGGACCCAAUACCAACAGCACAUGAGCUCGAGGAAAAAAUAACAUUAAUUGAAGAAGCUACCAACGGCUUUAAAAAAUAA